AUGACCUUCUCACCACAAACCAUACUGGGGCUUCUCCUUGGUACAAUCUUACUCUGCGGCCAGGCAGAAGACAACUGUCCAGAUGUGAAACUAGUGGGAGUUGGGGAAUCAGACAAGCCGGCUAUUCUAAGAGGGUGUCCGGGGAUCCCAGGACAUGCAGGACUGCAGGGAACUCCAGGACCUCAGGGACAGAAAGGUGACAUGGGAGAUCCCGGGAAAAAAGGAAACCUGGGACCAACUGGAGAAAAAGGAAGCAAAGGAGAAAACGGCGUCCCAUACAGUCCAGUAUAUGGAGCUGCAAAGAACUGUAAGGAGCUGAGGGAUAAAGGCAUGGUGCUCAAUGGCUGGUACACAAUAUACCCAGACGGCAUGCAGCCUCUGAUGGUGCCAUGUGACAUGACUACGGAUGGAGGAGGAUGGAUAGUGUUUCAGAGACGUGUGGACGGUUCAGUAGACUUUUACCAAGACUGGGAGACCUACAGAAGAGGAUUUGGUAGUCAACUGAGUGAAUUCUGGUUGGGCAACGAGAAUAUUCACCGACUUACAUCCAAAGGUAAAUUUCAGCUCCGUGUGGAUUUAGAAGAUUUUGAAAAUAAUCGAACCUACGCCACAUACAAAGACUUCAGUAUUAAUGGAGAAGAAGACUUCUACAGGCUGAACUUUAGUGGUUUCAUUAAAGGAACUGCAGGAGAUUCACUAGGAUCACACAGGAACGAAGCCUUCUCCACCAAAGAUAGGCAGAACGACAAGGCUAAAAAAGAGUGGACACCCUGUGCCAAAUAUUAUAAAGGAGCCUGGUGGUUUGAAGCCUGCCAUAGCUCCCACCUGAAUGGGGAAUACCUGAAGGGUAAACACUCAAAAGUAUACGGUGGGGUCAUCUGGAACACUUUCAGAGGCAGCAUGCACUCCCUAAAGUCUUCAGAAAUUAAGUUUCGCCCUGUUAUUAAAUAGACUGGCCAUUGUCUGAAAAGUGCAGAUCAGAGAACAUGUCGUUAUUAUAGACAGAGGUCCUCUAUGCAAGGACUGUCAGUGUUGUAGGCCCUGAGACCUCUUUGGGACCAGUUCAAAUUGUCCUCAUCCUCUUUCAUCAUAAGCAGCGUGAUCUCCUCACAUAGUCUCAUCUCCAACAAGUUAUUACA